AUGGCUGGCAUCGGCAAUACGGUUCUUACGACCACGUUUUCGCUAAAGGUGGAGGCUGCAAUGGAACACUGCAGUGGUGAGACUGGCGGCGAGCGACGUUGGCCGAACCACAAUUUACCGGAGAAAAGUGCGACGUGA